AACCUUCCGAGAGGUCAGUCGUGUGCCCGGGAAAUUCGUCGCCCUUCCGUCGCGCUGGAACCCACCGGAUAAGAAGAGGGUGGGGGAGGAGGUGGAGAACUUUUGCUUGAUUGCUUCCCCUGAGCACUAGAACAGGACCACACGCCUCGCUAAGUGGGGUGGGGUUCUGAUCGGAUUUUUUUUCCCCGUCAGUUUUUUCCGUUCCAGUUUGAUUUUCGCGGCCGUCGCGGGUGAAGGUUUGUGUGUGAGUGUGGUUUUUGUGCACUUUAAUUAGUGAAGGAAAAGAAUGGGGUGCACUUUUGUGGGGAUGCGAUUUUGCGACCAUUUUCAAUGGGGGUUUCCCCCUUUAGGGUGUGGAAAAUGUCAUCACGUUUCGUUUGGAAUUUGGGCAGGAUUUGUGGUGCACGCUCCACCGAGAGGAGCCUUGAACCAGUGAAGUUGUCAGGAAAAAUGUGACGAAUGAAAAUUUCCCCGGAUACAUGCCGCACACAUCUGGGUGCAGCAGCUGCAGGCGAAAAAAGUGCAAUGAUCCAAUCGGAAAAAGGAUAAACAACCGGAUAAGCUGACGUACCAACCCCAUCCUGAAUGCCCACUUUUCACACCUCUUAAGUUUCGCGUAGACAAAAGGACGAGAGAGAGGGAGAGAAACUGUCGAUGAGUCUUUGGAUUUUUAUUUGCGUUUCGCUUUGGCAUUGAAGUUUGAGUAUGUGUGAGUGUGGGUGGGAUUGUUUGUGUGUUGCUCAUUCACACAGGAAGUGUGCUGGCUGUUCAGGAACUGACUGUUUGUCGGUUGGAAAAACAGAACGUGAAAGCAAGAAAAAUGAACGGAAAGCGAUUUAUAUGGAAAGCGCAGAGUGACCGUGUUCGGAAAAUUGAAAAAAAACGUACGAAAACGUGAAAAUCAUGGUGAUAUCGAGGAAAUGCACAGCGUGUGAACGAGGGGGAACCAGAAACCACAAACAGGAGAGAAAAAAUCCCAUCGUCUGAAAAGUGAUAGAAGAUAAACACUCAAAUCCACAAACAUUUCGACGAAAGCCGGGAUAUAAAAUUUCAUCUUCGGCGGUGGCGAUAAAUGAAAAGAAAAUCGCUGUAAAUUUAUUUCGUGAGCCUUAUUGGAAAAAGCUGAACCAGGAAGGCAGCAGCAGCCGGAAAAAAAUACAGUGAAAUCCGUUGAAGAAAGGAAGAAAAAACGAAUCCACCGCCGUUGCGUGGGAAGGGUCGUGAAAAUGAGCAUCUCAACUGAAGGAUAAAUAGCUCCGCUUUCUUUUUGAGAGGGGGAGAGUGAAAAUCUCAGCGCAAGUGCCGCGAGUCCGUGAGGGAAGUGGUAUUUAAUAUCGGAAUAUUUCAACAAGACAACAUGGCUGACCUGCAGGCGACCAUCGAGUUCGCCGUUGAGCUGUACAAGUUCUACAACGUGGACCUGUUCCAGCGGGGAUUGUAUCAAGUGCGUUGUUCGUUGCGAGUAUCGCCCCGGUUGCCGGUUCAGGUGGAAACAUGCCUUCCGGACGCUUCGACCACGGGAGUGCCUUCGGCCGUUGUCGCUGCCACGGCUGCUGCUUCUGCAUCAGCUCCUCCAAAUUCCAUGACCUCGGCGGCCGGUUCAGGCACGGGUUCUACCUCUGCCGUGACCGGCACCACCACCACCAGCAAUGCCCCUGGGUCUGUGUCGAGCAGUGCCAACACGCCCAUCUCGACCAAUUCCUCGAGCGGGUGCCAGCCAGGGUUGGGGACGACCCCCAGCAGUAGUAGUGGCAUUGGCGGCAGUGGCAGCGCUGGCGGGGGUUCCCAGGGGACCAACGGGUCGCCGAGCGCGGCCACCACCGGCUCGGGGACGACGGGCUCCACGGCCACCAUUAUCGACGACUGUGGCGCUUCGCGGGUGUUCCAGAUUCUGUACCGCAACGAAGAAGUGUCGCUGCGUGACGUCAUCAUGUUCCGGGCGCAUUUACUAGUCGACAGCCGACAUCUGAAGGAAUCUAUCGAACGGGCGGAAUUCUCGUUGAAUCUGGAGCUCUGGUUCGGCGAGCAGACAACGGGCAACGUGCUGAGCCUGGCCUCGACCCGGACACUGCAGCUCAACUUUCACCCGGGCCGGGGCCUGCACUACCAUCUGCCGGUGCUGUUCGACUACUUCCAUCUGGCGGCGGUCAGCGUCGGAAUCCAUGCCAGCCUGGUGGCGCUGCACCAGCCCUACAUCAAUGCUCCCAAAUCGACCAAACCGUGGAUCGGCGGCUCCAAGCUCAACUGCCGCGGGGGCAACUCGCCCGGCCCGCUGGAGGCCAUCUUUUUCGGGCCCCAGGUUGGCGGGGCGGCCAAGUGCAGCGGCGGUUCCGCGGGUCGCCUCAUGCACGCCCGCAACGUCCACCGGGAUAUCUGUGCCUUGCUGCUGGGUGCGCUGGAGUCGCUGCGGCUGGCGCUGCAGGAGUUUUGCACCGUGCUGCCCCACCAGUGGGCUGCCCUGACCGGGUCGACCCCGCUCUCCAACUUGGACACCGAGCAAAGACUGAAGAAGUUGUCCGAUUCGGCCAAGCUAAUGGACACCGAGGAUGACCUGGCGGCGCGGGCCAACUCGGACAUCGCUCAGCUGUGCGCCGAAUGUAUCCUGUACUGGAGACGGGUCCUAUCGGCGGCGAAUCAACCCACGGUGCACAGCUUGCUGGCGAAGAAGCAUCACACGUUGCGGGUGAGACGCUUUGCGGAAGGUUUCUUCGUGAUCGAGAACCCACGGCACGCGGCCAGUGGCUGUUACGACUCAAACUACCAGAACUACGUGUCGAUCUGCGAAAUGGCACGUAGGUCGCGGUAUCUCUCGUCGUUACCACCGCUGCCGGUGCACUGUACACCGUUAGACGGAGACGCGAACUCACUGCCGUUGAUCUUUGAAGAUCGAUACACGGACGGGAACGAAUACGGAAAACGAAGAUCGGGUAGCGAACCUCACCUCAACGGUCACAACGGAACGCUUGGAAAGGUGAAAAUCCACCAUCAACCGACGAACAAGAUAGCUCCGAUCCUCAACGCGAAAGAGUGUUCGUGUGGAAUCUCGUCCUGUUAUAUUGAUCCGAUGCCAAAGAUGUGCAACAACUACAUGGGACUGAUGACGACACGAUACGCCCUCGGAGGAGACAUCUUGCAAGCCAGCUUGUCGAUCACUCCGGCCGCAGCCGCUUCCCAAAACGGUCUUUGCGCGAAAACCUUGUCCCGCCACUCGGUCACGACGCUGGUCGAUCCAGGAUGUCAGUGGGAUCAGUUCAAGGCAGUUUAUAAUCCUGGUACAACAGUAACUGGUGGCACCCUUCCAACUCGGCACAGCAAGUCAUUGGAUCAGCUCGAAAUCCAGAACAACACUUCCUCGUUGCCCCGCCAGCACGUGCACAAUGUCAAUUACAAUUACAACAACAACAACCAGAAGCAAAUCAUUUACCACCAGCCGGGAAACGCGAUCAUUCAAACCAUUCCGGCAAAGCCAAAGAAGAACCCAGUUCAAGCGGAAGAUCUGUUGAAGAACAUCAACGAGUUCAGAGAGAAAUACAAAAAUCCGGGAGAUCCACGCAAGACUACCAACUCCAACAGUUCUAACAGCACCAGUAUCUACGAGAUGAAGGACGGAACCUGUCAGCUGGUUAAGGAUCACCAUCCCAACAAGGUUCAAACUCUGAACCGGAUGCCAAAACAGGUCAACGGAUAUGCCGUCCCAAGGACCGACUACAAUCACGAGCUAAAGCAGUCACGCAACAUGGACACCAAUAGCCAGCAAACCCCAAAACCAAACACGACCUGCUACUACAACUCACUCCCCAAGAACGCCGGCAUGGGACUUUCGAUACCACCGAGAAACUCCUAUCCUCCGAUCCGUAGUAAAAAACAGCAAUCAACCGGAUCCCUCAACACGACAAAGCCAGACUCCAACACGAUUCCCCGCAGCAACUCGUCCCAGAUGUUGCGAAUCCAGAACGGAACCCCAAACGCAACCAACAGCAACACGCUGCCACACCGGCCGGUCGAGUUUGCCCGGAUUCGCGUAACCGACUUCAAGCAGAUCGUACAGAACCAGCAGCAGCAGCAACGGCGCAACAGCAAGGGAACCAACGGAACCAACGAAUCCAGCAGUACGGAGAGUGGUGCGGAAAACACACCCAAGACGCAGCAACGAAACAGCAAACAGCGCCGACUUCUCUCCUCAGCCAGCGUACCGUUCAAGCUGGAAAACCUCGAGCUUGAACAAGCCAGCGGUCCUCCCGGGUUCAGCGAAAGCCUUCCGAACCUCGCUCCUCCACCGGCCUUUAGCAAUUCGCCACUUCCACCGAUGCGGCUUCGACGAAGACACUCCAGCAGUGAGUCGACCUCGUCGCUGAGUGAACAGUCCGGCUGGGUAUCGAGCAGACGGAGUAGCGGUCCCUCCAGUCCCGAUACGUUGAUGAACGACCGCCGGGUUGUGAACGGAGCUCAGCUGCGGAAGAAACUGUUGAAGCUGCUGAACGAACAACCCCGUUUGCUGGACCGCAAAGGCAGCAAUCAAUCGAAUAUGAGCGAAUUCCUGGUUCGGAGCAACCAGAGCUCGAUGAAGUCCAGGUCCAACACGGAUAAUAUCAAGAGUUCUGUUCAGAUUGAAAACUGGAACAACUUGGAAAAGGAGUGGACGGAACCGCGGUCGAUACAAAAAGGUUCCGAUCACAAAAAGGGUUCGCAACACUUUACAACGAUAGCCCGUCCUCAGAAGCGUAACACCAAAAAGGAAAAGUCAAAAUCGGACUUUGACCUAGCGACCAUUUCGGACUACGUCUUUGAUGACCUUCGUCUGCUUCCUCCGCAGCAAUUCCGAGAUGCACCACCACCUCCGGACGAGUUCCGGGAUCCUCCUUCAUUCAUUGAAAUUACUCCGAAGGAAGUUCCGAUCACGGCGGAACCGCCACUGCCUCAACAACCCCAACCAACCCUAGCCCCAAUGAUCCCGCAGCAAAAACCAAUCCCAGCAAUGGUCAUCAAACAGCAACAGCAAAUCAUUCAUCCAUCAUCCCAGCAGUACCAGGUUCUUCCCGUACACCAGCAGAUAAUCCAGCAGCCCCAAUACAGCAAACCCAUCCUCAAGCAGCACAUUGUCAAAAAGUACGAAGUACGCGCCAUCGACAACCCCCUCUACCACAUCUACGAAGUGGUCAAAACUCCUCGUCCCGUUUUAAAAUCCCAAAGUUCCAGCGAACUGGCCGCCAUUGCCAAGUGCGCCGAAACCCUGAACAAUCCAAACGCAACCAACAACGUGACCCUGAAUCACAACGGAACCUCGCACCACGCACCUCAACCAACCCAGCAAAACCAUCCGAUCCCGCCGGAACGCAAGUCCUCGGUCCGGGAUAUGGAACGUCUCGUCGCCCAACGGGACAAGCGCGAGGAGGACGAAACCAAGAAGCGGAUCGAUCCACCCAUGCAGCUGCUCGAGUUUGAGAAGUGCCGCGAGGAGUUCCGCAAGCAGAUCAACUACUCCGGUUCGAUCUACUCGGACUUCCAGAAGCUCGCUUCCGAAAUGCCCUACUUUCACAUCAGCGAUGAGUUCCGAGCGUUCUCGACCGCCGGAUUGCACUUGGUGAUCUGCGUUCACGGACUGGACGGCAAUUCGGCCGAUUUGAGGCUGGUGCGAACGUACCUCGAGCUUGGCUUACCAGGCGCUCAUCUGGAGUUCCUCAUGUCCGAACGCAACCAGGGCGACACCUUUUCCGACUUUGAAACCAUGACCGAUCGGCUGGUGGCGGAAGUUCUGUACCACAUCGAGACGUACCAGCUGAACCCCACGCGAAUCUCGUUCGUAGCGCACUCGCUGGGCACCAUCAUCGUACGAUCGGCGCUGGCACGACCCCAGAUGCGACCACUUCUGACAAGACUGCACACCUUCCUAUCGCUGUCGGGACCCCACCUCGGAACGCUCUACAACUCCAGCGGGCUGGUCAACAUGGGAAUGUGGUUCAUGCAAAAGUGGAAAAAGAGCGGCUCGCUGCUGCAGCUGUGCCUGCGGGAUGCGCCCGACCUGCGGCAGAGUUUCCUCUUUCGGCUGAGCCAGCGCAGCACGCUGCACCACUUCAAGAACGUGCUGCUGUGCGGGUCCUCGCAGGAUCGCUACGUGCCGCCGCACUCGGCCCGGCUCGAGCUGUGCAAGGCGGCCGUCCGGGAUCAGUCGAAUCUGGGCGUGGUGUACCGUGAGAUGGUCCACAACAUAAUCGCCCCGAUGCUGGCCCGGCCCGACCUCACCCUGGCCCGUUUUGACGUGCACCACGCGCUCCCCCACACGGCCAACGCCCUCAUCGGCCGGGCCGCCCACAUUGCCGUGCUGGACUCGGAGCUGUUCAUCGAAAAGUUCAUGCUGGUGGCGGGCCUCAAGUACUUUAGCUAGCUGGUUGAUCCAAAGAUGAUCCACGUGCGAGCAACCUUUGUCCUUUACUGAGGUGAUUUAAAUGUAAACCCACAACGUUGAGUAGUAGAGAUUGAACACAUUUUUACUCAAUGCCAAUUCGGAAAUGACUGAUACAGAGCCUAAGUUACAACUGGUUUGCAAACUCUUUCUCUUUAAUGAUAACAAAAAAAAAACUACCAAAAAAAGUAAUCAAUCGGUACAGGGUCAUGAAAAACUUCAAAAAUUCUAUCGUAUAUGUGUUGAUUGUUAUGUGUUAUGAAACCGGAGGAGAAUGUUGGACUUGUUCUCGAAACAAUACAAACAAAAAGAAACAAAUCUUCACUGCCGGAUGUUGAUUCAAUCGUUAUUAGGAAAAGUUAGUUUUUUUAUUUGUCAAAUCUCUCUCUAUCUCGGUAAUUUUAUACUAUCGCUUUUACUCGGUUAUUUUGUACAACUUUCAUAGUCUGUCUCUGUGUUAGUGCGUAAACAAAAAAUAAUCAAAUAUAUUUUAUGAAUGAGACUGAUUUAAUCUUAACCACAAAAAUAAAGUGAAAGAUAAAAAGAACAAAAACCAAAUCGUAGCUGUGUAACAAUGAAGUAAUAUUACCAAAACCAAAAAAAAAAGAAAAAGAAAAUCUUUCAGUAAUUUAAUCAAACCAAACAUUGGGAAUCAAUAUACGGAGACAGAGUACGAGUAGUGCGAAGGAGCAAAACGGAAAAAAAACAUUUUACGACCGUAGCUAGUGUAGAAAUUUUAAGUGCAAGUACAGGGAUCGAAAGCAUUAAACUAAAUUGCGCUGGUGUGGGAUUCUAUAGCAGCGAGACGAGGCAAAAAAAGAGGGAGUAAAAGCACACUGACCAACAACCAACUAAAAAAAAAAGGAAAAUCUGUAGAAUUCUCACUCUUCAACUCAUCAUCGAUACUCUCGUGCAGAGGUGCACACUUUUAGGAUCCCUCGCUAUACACAACUUCCUAAGAAUUCAACAACUUUCUUUACUAGAAAACACACAGGCACUAUAAUCAAACAGAAUGGUUGAAACUGAUGGUCAUAGGUUGGUUUAACUCGCGCUCGAUGGAAUUGUUCAAUGUAGAUUUGCAAAAUUUGGGAUUCCCUCAUACUACCAAUUUCUCCGUCUUUUAGAUGACACUUUCCUUUACUUUUGUUCACCUGUAACUAUGCCAAUACCAAUUUUAUUCAAAUGUUGUGUCAAAGACACAUAAAAAUAAAAAAAUCGGUUGUUUACCAAAAAAAAUACAUUUGAUAUAUGUUUUGUUAGGCAUUUUAAAUAGUACCGAAUUUCAAAAUGCCGGGACCCGUGGUGUAGGGGUAAGCGUGGUUGCCCCUCACCCAGUCGGCCUGAGUUUGAUCCCAGAAGGUCGCGGUGGCAUUUUUCGAGACGAGAUUUGUCUAAUCACGCCUUCCGUCGG